GCGCGAGAGCUUUCUCCCACCUCCCAGAAGUGGGCCAGGCAGAGAUGACAUGUAAAAAAAAAAACAAAACAAAGAGCCCCCAAUGCAAUCAAACCUCCAAACCGGCACGCCGCAGGGGAGCCGGGCACGGGAAGGUUUCUCCAAGGAGGCCCCUAAGGCCCGGGGCCCGUGGGGAGAGGCGGUGCGGGCGGUGCGGGGCGGUGCGCGCCUCCCGGGGAGCGCGGCGCGGCGGGAGCGGCGCGGCCGGGCGGGCCAUGGGCGCUGAGACGGGCGGCCCGCGGGACACCGCGCCGGGCCAGCAGCUCCGCGCCCUCUUCUACGCGCUGCCCCCCGGAGAGAGCUCCUUCCGCACGGUGGAGGAGGUGCCCGACUACGUGGAGAAGAGUAUUCCAUUCUUCAUUACUUUUAUUGGGCUGGAGUUUGCUGUCAGCUGGAUUCAGAAGCGUAAGCUGCCGGGUCGGAUCAAUGAUGGCAUAAGUUCUCUUUCCUUAGGUAUUCUGUCCCGACUACCAGAUGUUUUAUUCAGAAGUAUUGAGUUAAUGAGUUACAUAUACGUAUGGGAUAACUACAGACUCUUUGAACUGCCCUGGGACUCACCAUGGACAUGGUAUUUGACACUUCUGGGAGUGGACUUUGCAUACUACUGCUUUCAUCGCAUGAGCCAUGAGGUUAAUAUACUGUGGGCUGCACACCAAGUACACCAUAGUUCAGAAGAUUACAACUUAUUCACAGCCUUGAGACAAUCUGUAGUGCAGAAAUACACCUCCUGGAUGUUCAACUUGCCAAUGGCUUUUUUCAUUCCCCCUUCGGUGUUUGCUGUUCAUUUACAGUUUAAUCUACUUUACCAGUUUUGGAUACAUACAGAGGUUAUCAACAAACUUGGGCCUCUGGAAUGGAUACUUAAUACUCCCAGUCAUCACAGAGUUCAUCAUGGUAGAAAUCCUUACUGCAUUGACAAAAAUUAUGGUGGCACACUCAUUAUCUGGGACAGGAUAUUUGGAACAUUUGAGGCUGAAGAUGCGAAAGUUGUAUAUGGCUUAACACAUCCAGUAAAUUCAUUUGAUCCCAUCAUGCUCCAGUUACGUCCCUUGGCUCAUAUUUGGAACACGUUUUGGGCCACACCUGGAUUCUGCAAUAAGCUUUCUGUCAUAUUCAAAGGGCCAGGCUGGGGACCAGGCAAACCUAGACUUGGCCUUCCUGAGGAAAUCCCAGUGAUCACUGGAAAAGAAGUUCCCUUCAAUCCACAUGUACCAGCUUAUCUUAAUUGCUAUGCACUUGUACAUUUUGCUGUAAUAGUGGACUUGUACACCGAACUUCUUGCUUCUAUUACUAUACUAUCACAGGGAACAGUCCUCCUGAGAAUUGGCUUUAUCAUUCUGUCCCUGGUGUCUUUUGGCCUGCUUAUGGAGAACAAGUCCAAAGCAGGAAUUUUGGAAAUCAUCCGCUGUUUGAUCUUCGUAGGUGUUUACAAACUUGGCUACUUUAGGAGUCAGUUUUCCUUCUUGAGCGAUGCAUAUGAGGUCUUGUUUUUCCUCUGUGCUGCAUUCUGGGGAAUCCGAAUUAUGAAGCGGAUCACUUCAAUGAAAGAUAAACACCACUGA